AAGAUAAGACAUAGAAUGGGAGUGUUUCCCAUAGCUGCUUGCACACAGUAAAGGCAAACAGUUUGGAGAGAAAUGCACAUUCUGCUUUAGAUUAUUACAAUGAAGUGUUUAUUCCUGCAUGGAGUCUUUUUUGUCUCUCUGUUAUUGUCAGCAGCAGUUACACAUGCAGUGAGGUCCAUUAGGUCUGUGUCUGAACCUGUGCACUGCCAGUGGGGACCCUGGUCCCCUGAAAGCUGGUCAGCCUGCGAUGGCUGCUCCAAAACACAGUCACAGAUCCGCUCCAUUGCAGUCUACUCUCAGUUUGGUGGCCAGCCUUGCACUGGGAGUUCAACCCGCACACAAUCCUGUAUAGCAACUCAGGUCUGUCCUCUAGAGGAGGGCUGUGGAGAACGGUUCAGAUGCCAGUCCGGAAAAUGUAUCAGCCAGUCUCUGGUAUGCAAUGGAGAUCAUGACUGUGAAGAUGGCUCAGAUGAGCAGAAAUGUGACGGUAAAGAGAUCUGUGACUUGCAAAAACCUCCACCGAAUGUAGAGCUCACUGGUCAAGGGUUUGAUGCAGUGAGGGGAGAGGCAAGAGGAACAGUUAUCAACACUAAGAGCUUUGGAGGUCUGUGUAGAAGGACCUUCAGUGGAGACCAUAUGGACCUAUAUAGACUUCCCCAAAGUGUCCUCAGAUACACUUUCCAGGUCACAGCAAAAAAUGAUUUUACAGAUGAAUCCUAUAGCAGCUCCUGGCACUACAUCAAUCACAAAGAAAAACAUUCAAAAACAACAGGCACAGAUUACGGGCAUGAUGAUUAUGUCUUCCAUGAUGAGCUGUUUCAGUCACAGUCCAAAAAUCUGCUGAUCAUGAAGAGUGAUGUGGAUGUUGCCCAGUUCCAGAACCAGGCCCCAGAAUAUCUUCCACUUUCAGAAGAGUUUUGGAAAGCUCUGCUCUCCUUGCCUGUUGCAUACGAUUAUGCGGCCUACUGCAAUGUGCUGGAGAGAUUUGGGACCCACUAUAUUUCAGAGGGCACUCUUGGGGGCCAGUUUAGAUUAUUCAUGGCUGCCAGCCAAGAUGUCAUGCGUAAAUUGCAAACUGUGCAAAGAGACUAUAAUCAUUGUGUCAAAACGUCCCAUUCGAUCCUGUUUAUCAUCAGGUGGACCACAGAAAAGUGCACUGAACAAACUUAUAACAAUGUCCUAUCCUUUUACCAAAGCAUACCAAAAAAUGACAUGUCCACAAAUAUUAUUGGCGGAGCUCCUGGAUUUAUUGCACAGUUGUCAAUGUUAGACAAAAACACACCCCUGGAGAAUGGCAGGAUGUUUUCCCAGUGGUCGGGUUCAGUAAAGGUCUUUCCAAAAGUCAUCAAAAUGAAGAUCAGAUCUCUCCAUGAGCUGGUGAAAGAGGUCCCGUGUGCAGGGGUGAAGAAGCAUCACUUAAAGCGUGCAAUUGAGACUUACCUCAACGAGAAACACCCAUGCCACUGCAGAGAAUGCCAGAACAAUGGCCUGCGUGUGCUUGACAAUGAUAUCUGUAAGUGUGUCUGUAAACCAGGCACCAAAGGCCAGGCGUGUGAGCAGGGGACACCAGAAGAUGAACAACCAGGAGUGAUCCAUGGAGACUGGGCUUGUUGGUCUUCAUGGAGCACCUGCAAGGAAGGACAGAAAAGCCGUAGCCGCUCCUGCAGUCGUCCCGCUCCUUCAGGCGGCAGGGACUGUAUUGGGAAUGCUGUGGAGACGACAGCCUGUGAUGAUGCAGAGGAAUUAGAUUACCUACGUACAAUGGAGCCUCACUGCUUUGAUGAUUCAGUCAGACCCAGGAAGAGUUGUAGAACACCGCCCUUCCUAGCUAAUGGGUUUGUUUUGUACCCCAAAGAUGAAUAUCCAGUGGGCAGUAAGAUUGAGUAUGCAUGUAUUGAAGGCUAUCAUUUGAUUGGAAAUCCUAUAGCAGAAUGCCAAGAAAAUCUAGACUGGUUGCGAAAUCAAAUGGAGUGCAAAAACACAAUGUGUGAUCCACCUCAGCUUCCUCCAGAUGUCACCGGAAGCCCAUGGAAGCUUGCCUAUGACAUUGGUGAAGCUGUCUCACUCUCCUGUCCUGAAGGGAAGGUCAAAGAGGGUCCGGCUGAGAUCCAAUGCAACGCUGGCCUUUCCUGGUCACCGCAACCAAAAGAAACCAGGUGUCUCACAGUUUUUAAACCGACCACUGCGCCAGUGCAAUGCCAGCCAUGGGAAAACCUGGCAAAGGACAAAUGUGUCUGUAAAGUACCCUAUGAGUGCAAGUCUUCCUUGGAGAUAUGUGCCACUGAUGUGAAGCGCGGUCGGACACAGAGACUGAGUCUGUGUAAAGUACAGGCUAUGCGCUGUCUGAGACACCAGUACACCCUUGCUGAAGACAGUGCCUGCCAGUGGCCACAACGCUCAUCCACUGCUUGCCCACACUGCACCAUCUGGGAGAGUUGUGAUGAGCAAACGAACAGCUGCCGUUGCAAGACAAGUGAGGAAUGCUCAUCCUUGGAUGCUUGGAUCCAUGUGUGUGUGCAGCAGGAAGGAGCGUCUGCACCAGUGACAAUGACAGAAUGUGAGGCGGGCGUGAGGAAAUGCAGCGGAGAGACUGUCCGCAUUGUCAGCAUUCAACCUUGUCAGUCAUAAGCUUAGAGGCUCAGUAACUAAUUAAACAGUGUAACCAUAUUAUAUGUUGAACUCUGGGAGGAUUCCUGCCUUCGUUUUCAAAGGUUUGCAAAAAAUUCAGAUGGUUUGACAAGUGCAGUUUUCUUUCUUGUGUUGACAUAUUUUCUGUUAAAACAGGAUGUUUGGAGAGGACAAAAGAAUAGAGCGCAGCAGAAGUGAUGCAUUUUUGUAGGCCAGCCUGUAAGUUAGCAUCACACUGGUUCCCUCAACAAAAACCCAAUAAGAUUUUUCCAUUGGCUUUUGGAUAAUUGCAGAAAAUAAGCUCUGUGACUAACAAACGUUUAUGAUUCGUACAAUCGGCAGAAUUAAAAAGCUAAAUGUAGUCUAUAAACAAACUACAACACAGGCACAUGACUUCAGCGUCACCACCAUUAAGCCUCAAUCAGUCUUUAUUUAAAAACAUUUUCCCUGAGAGUUUUAACAUGAUUAUAAACACAAUGAGGCUGUGAAAGCGGACUAUAGUGAGUAGAUGAUUUUUCCUUAUUGGCUGAUAACCUGUUAGCGUUCUACUGUACUGCCUGUGGUACACAUACCUUUCAAAAGAGACCAAAACUAUGCAUAUACUCCAAAUGGUUCAAGAACGGCAUGCAAUUUACUUUGGGUAUGCCUUUUAAGGGGUUUUGCAGGAAUGAUAAGGGGUUAAUGUCCCCCACAACCCCUGUAGUCCCAUUUAGCCAGUGGUUAGCAAUAGCCAUUUUCGAGACAAAUAAAAGCUUUGAAAAAUCACAAGGGGGUAUUACUGAUGUAUUUUAUGUCGUGGAAAUGUGAAAAUCAAUCUUGAGCCAAGUAAGAAUUUCACCACAGACCUUUUAAGCAUUUAACCAAAAAACCAUUCAAACCCCCCACUGACUUCAGUACAGUGGAACCUGAAGUGUUAAAAUGCUAACUCGUUUCUGGGUUUUGGCCAACAAAAACACUUCAUCCCUGCAGCACUCUAUUGAAAAGCUGUGUAGUGCAGGAUGUCAUCAAUAUUUUGGUCUGUUGUCCCAGAAGCGAAUUCACAAAAAAGUGAAUUUUGUCAACAUUUAGGACUAAGCUAGUGUAUAGACAAUCAAUGUGUGUUAGCUUUGAGGCUAAAAGUCACGAAAACUCUCAUUUCGAUUUCUUGUAAAAAAUUUUUUAAAUCUUUAUUUCAUUAUUAUUUUUUUAAAGAUGGGCAUCAUACCAAGACCAGCAAGAGACCAAUUACUGCACAAUUUCAACCAUGUAUUUCUGUAGACCUGUUCUGGACUUCUACUGGGCUCAGAACAGCAUCCUAUUCAGCCAGAUUCAGACGUCCUGCCAAACUCCUGACAACCUGCCCAGAUUCCGCCAACAGCUUGUCCAGAGUCAGCAGUGCAGCCAAAUAAUUAACCUGAAAACCGUGUCUAUUCUUGUAAACAGUUUUUUUCUUCAUUCUCCAUUACUGCUUCCGCAUUGCUUUGAGAAAGUAAAAGGGUAGGAACUGCUGCCAGGUGUGAAUUUCACAGCCUCCCUAUUAAUGUGCAAACAAAUCCAAUUACCUAUAACCGACUGAGAUCCAAAAGUGAUAUUUUAAUGGGAGACAUUGUUUUUGUCCAUUGAAAUUAGAGCCUGUGACCUGUCAGAAGAUUGUUCUGAGAAUCGUGGAUAAUAGCAUGGCUAUCAGGUGGUUUUUAUCUAAACAGCCUAUAUUUUUCAAAUAGUUUCUCUGAAAAGAGGAUAAUAUAUAUUCAUAAUGACUUAUUUGAUUUGAUUUCUGUACCUUUUCUUAACUCGUCAUGUUAAAUAAAAUAUAAUU